GCUGGUGAUAAGUGCGAUUUAGAGGUUCUUUUAUCUGUCGAGACGGCUAAAGAACGCGAAGUCAAACGCAUUAAUCAAGAAAUACAAAGGCUUCUCUCUACACCAACGGUGAAGGAGAAAAUUAUAAAUGAGAAAUUUCGAUCCCGAGGUGGAAGCCAAGUUCAGCUCUUCUGUAUCCACGGGACUCGAGCUGAAUGUAAACAUGCUACUGGAGAUGACAAGUGCACCAAAUUACAUUUCAAGAAAAUAAUUCGCCCCCAUACUGAUGAAUCCCUUGGUGAUUGUUCCUUUCUUAACACGUGUUUUCAUGUUGAUACGUGCAAAUAUGUUCACUACGAAAUUGAUCCAAGCGAUGUGACAACGGCUGAGGCUAGAGAGGCAGCCGGUGCUUAUAAUCGUGGUCAACUUCGACCGGAUACGUUGGAUAAAAAGAGGAAUGAUUUAGUGAUUGAAAAAGUGGUACCCUUAUAUCCUCCUCAGGCCGGAAUUCUGACACCAAACAUUUGUUCAUUGGAUUAG